AUGAUCAACCCGAACGCGCACCGCAAGAUGACACCAAAAGGGCAGAUGAGCUCCAGUGGCAUGGGGCCCGCCAUCAUGCACCUGCCAACGCACCUGAAAGUUCUUUUUGAGCCCAACCCACCAUUAGAUCAUCUACCACGUUUAGUUAAGCGCAAGAUGCCGCCGUAUACGGGGCUUGCAGGUUUUCUAGAUGUGUUCGAAACAGAAACGCCCCCGCCACGUGCCGUAAUGGAGACGCCCAAGGAGCGUCAAGAGCGCCGGCGUCAGGAGAAAAUGCUAGCCAAUGAUGCUAAGGUUCAGGAAGACCGAGCCAAAUGGGAUCCGAACGCUGAGGACCCGCGAAAGACGCAGGAUGCGUAUAAAACGCUUUUUGUAGGACGCAUCAGCUACGAGACUACAGAGCAGCAGCUGCGUCACGAGUUCGAGCAGUACGGAUCAAUCAAGAGCGUUCGACUCGUGGAAGACGCAGAAGGCAAGUCGCGCGGCUAUGGAUUUAUUGAAUACGAAAAGGAAGCAGACUUAAAGGCUGCGUACAAGUAUGCGGACGGCAAGAAGAUUGACGGACGUCGCGUGGUAGUGGAUGUUGAACGCGGUCGUACGGUAAGGGAUUGGCUGCCUAGAAAGUUUGGUGGUGGCAUUGGUGAGACUCGCAAAGGAGGAGCGGAUGUCAACGUCAAAUACUCGGGAAGAGAGGCUAUCGGACAUUUCCAAGUCGGCGCAGUGCGUGAUGAAGGAGCUUCGAGGGGUGGUCGUGAGCCUCUACGUGAUCGAAGUCGCAGUCGGGGACGUGCUGCCGCUGGGAGAGAGCGAAAUCGAUCAAGGUCGAGGUCGCGGGAACGUCGACGAGAUCGUGGCCAUGACCGCAAUCGUGAUCAAGAUCGUGGUCGAGUACGUGAUCGCAGUCGUGAUCGCGACCGUCGAAACCGAAGAGACUCUCGUGAUUACUCGCGUAGAUACUGA